GUUUCUAGCCUCUAUAGCCGUGAUCCACGGUCAAAUAAAUGGUAGGUUUCGGAGUUGGUACCACUUGUACAAUCUUAGCAGCCAUAUUAUACGGUCUGCAGUAUAUACCUUGUAAACAGUAUUGCACCUACGAUGGUGCUGUCUUCCAAUGGUUCAUGUGCUCGGGUAUUGUGUGGAGUGGUAUACUAUUGGAGGUCGUUGGCAUGCUCAGUGGGCAAUGGGAUGGUCCGCAGAUAUUCCUGUACGGAGUUCUCUCCGGUGCCCUAUGGGGUACUGCCAACUUCAUCGUCAUACCGCUUGUUCGUAUAUGUGGUCUGGCCCUUGGGUUCUCUCUUUACCAUAUCAUCAACCUGAGCUGGGGAUACUGUCUGUCACGUUUUGGUCUCUUCGGUAUGGACCGCGAUGUCGGUCGAAUUCCGGUUAUGCGUGACGUUGGUGUUUUCGUGCUCCUUUUCUCUUUCGCCGUUCUCUUCUUCGUCGACCCGGAGGAGUCCCCGGAUGAGUCCGAGUCGGCCUCCAGUGGGAUAGAAAAAAGGAAAUAUCGUCCGUCCCAGAGCAGAAGGCAGAAGCAACAAAAUGAUGAAGAUGAAAACGGUGUGACAAAUCAUAAUAGCGAUGGUAACAUGAAUGAAGAGCCUUCGAGGCACACUGUGGGAGAUGAGGGUCCGGGAUCAUCCACUGACCUUGAGGGUGGACAAGAUGAUUAUCGUUACGACCAAAGUACUCAUGGGAAACCGUCGAAAUUCUGGGUCAAACUUGAACGAUUCUUCAACGGGGAGGACAGUGGUCACCGUGGGGAUGGUGAAUCGGCUGAAAAGGCCAAACAGCAGAACCUUGUACGAGUGAAGAUCAUAGGUAUGGUCAUGGCUGUUGCGUGCGGCUUCCUCACAGCAAUGAAUGGAUGGCCUUAUCAGUUGUGGCAACAGAAAUAUGGAUAUUAUCAACCGGUUCAAUUCGUGUUCUCUCAGUGUAUUGGUGUUUACUUUGUGUCUAGUGUGUGGUAUUGGGUAGCUUCUCUAUUCCGUCAGUUCGCCCUCAAAAAGCGUACCAUGCACUCUGUCAUCCGCCCAGCUUUCAUUGCGGGUUUGUUCUGGACCUCGGGUGAUGUAUUGGCUCUGUACGGCAUCGAUGGUAUGGGCUAUGCUGCUGCAUACACAUUGGAUGCUGUAGGACCUGUAAUGAUAUCUAGUUUACUCAGCAUCUUCGUGUACAAGGAGAUCAAACAAAAGAAGCAAAGGAUAGUCUUCGGCAUCGCCUUCUGCAUCCAACUGACCGGAUGUUUGCUAGUCGCUAUCGGCGAGUAACCCUUACGUGAUUUCUGUUUCACCCUGUUGGAGAUGUCUCCAAAUAUACCCCCAUUUUAUUCAGUUCUCUACAGUAGCAGUGUAUGCAGUCCUGUACAAGCGUCGACGAGAGGCCUUCUAUCUGGCCUCUCACUAUUUGUUACUUUUCCUCUCACGUUCGCGUGUUCUAUUAAUACCGUAACUCUCGUUGCUUUGGUAGACAGUCUUCACAGUUACUACCAUUACCAUUCCCGCUAGUGCUCUG